AUUUAUUUGAAAAAUUUUGUUGCUUUUUUGCUUAGAGUUUAAUAACGUUUACUUAGUUAUCCAUUUAUGAGUGAUGCUGACGAUGACAGAUCCAUCAUGAUGACUGGCUAUUUAAUUAUGACUGCUUUUAUGGUGACAUUACUGAUUGGUAUUACGUGUAUUAACAGCGCACAUUUAAUGACGAGAGAAAUGUUUAAUUCAAGUAGUUUUUCAAAUGCAAGCUUACACCUGAUUGAUCAAAAUACAAAUGAGAGUUUUGCAAAAACGAAUAAUUCAUUUAUGUCCCUUGAAGAAAUGUGUGAGUUUUUUAAAAUACCAGAAGAAAACUGUACAUGUAACAAAGAAAACUCCAAAACGAAAGAGAUAUGCGAUUUUCAUUUAUUUAACAAAACAACUGAGUUUAGAUGCGACAGUCUUUUAUACACUAUAACAAGCAUUAGCAAUAUAAUAUCAUCAACGUUAGGAUUAAUCGGCAACAGUUUUGUUAUUUGGAUUUCGCUCACUCAUAAUAAUGAGUUUAGAAGAUUUCAUAAUUUAGUAAUUAGCUUGGCAAUCUCUGACUUUGUGUUUGCAUUUGUGCAACUUAUAAUAACGGUACCCGAAAUAUGGACGUGUCAUUGGGUAUAUGGUUUAUUUUUAUGUAAACUGCUUCGUGCUAUUUUAGCUGCUAGUGCAAAUAUUGCUGUAGGGUUCAUCGUUUUAAUUGCUGUUGAAAGAUAUAUUGGGAUUGUACAUUUGUUUAGUUCAACUUUAAACAACUUAAGAUUUCAAGUGAUUAAAUUUUUGAACGUCUUUUUUGGUAUUCUUUCAGUUGCUCCUCCACUGAUCACUCUUAAAUUAGGAAAAUUUAACACUUGUUCAGAAGAAUGGGAUAAAAAAAGCUCGCGCGUAUACACAUGGGUUUUAUUUAUUUUUUACUAUCUUUUGCCGAUAGUUUUGAUGAGUGUUUUUUAUUCUAGACUUGUUUUAUAUCUCAGGAAAUCAUAUCUUAAUAGCAAUAUUUUAAAUGACGUAGCAAAAAAAUCUCGUUCUGAGAAAAAUAAGAAGACAGUUACAAUGUUAAUUAUGGUUUUGAUAAUGUUUGCUAUACUUGUUCUUCCUAAUAGAAUAGUUUGGAUUAUCAAUGAUAUGUAUGGUCUGGAGAAUUUUAAAAGUCAAAAAACUAUACGUUUUUUAAAACUGAUUUUUGAAAUUUUUUAUGGAUUUCAUGCAGCAAUCAAUCCUAUUAUUUAUUCUGUGUUUGAUGCUAAAUAUAGACAAAAGUUAAAAGCAUUAUUUGUUUCUACAGUUAAUGGUUAUGUUUCAUCACCAACAACAGCGAAGUCACAACUUCUGGACCAAUCAAACUUUCAGCUGAACAUUAUCGAUCAAAAAAUUAAUUAAAAAAAUAAAUAAAUGUUUUUGCAAUUAUAUUAUUAGUUUACUAAUGUUAGUGUUAUAAAAAACAUUUAUUACUAAUAACUUUUAUUUUAAUUUUUAGGUGGUUAUUAUUUCUAAUAUUUAAUUUAAUAAACUCUCUUAUAAUAACAAUAUAUAAUAGUCUUUCUUUAUGGUAGUAGGUAGGUUUGUAACUAGAUUUAAUGGUAAUUAUAGACUGAUUUUUACAAAUAAAUUUGUGCUUGUUUUUGUUAAUUAUUUUAUUCAUAAGUAUUUAUCUUAUAUUUGUAUUCUUUUAAUCAUAUUAAUACUGGUAAUUCAAUUUGCGACCCCAAAUUUAUAGGCACACGAGUAAAUGACGCCCCUCUUUUAAACACUAAUAACCAUGACUAAAUCCUGCUGUAACUUUUACCGUCAAUUGAUGUACGUUUCGUUGUCAAUCUCUAUUGGCCAGGCAAUACAUGUACAUUUAGCUGUAUUUAUCUUUAAUGGUUAAUUUGCGUAAUUAUACUCAAUUAACUUAAUUAUAAUGUUUUACUUGAUGAUUAAAGUAUUAUUUAUGAUAAAACAUGUUUUAAAUUUAAGUUGGUAUCAGUGUCUUUUAAAAAGGCGGUAGAUGAACCAGUGUUUUUUAAAAAGGCGAAUUUGUAUAAAAAGUUUUGAGUAAACUCGCUUUUUUGAAAAACAUUGAUGCUUCAGCAGACAGAUUCACUGAUUUUUGA